AUGGGUGGUGGGGAUGAUGGGGGAGGAAUGAGGAGAUGGGGUGAUGGGGGUGAUGGGGUGAUGGGGGUGAUGGGGGUGAUGGGGGUGAUGGGGAUGAUGCAGAGCCUGAGGUCACCUGUGGAUGGAGCAUCCCUGCUCUCCGCUGCUGAUGACUCCUCUGUAAGCCAUGCACUGCUUGCAUUCGUGCCGUUCUCUCAUGCAGCUCACAUUGGCAUGUCUCCACCAUGUAGCCUCCUCCCACCACCAAUUCACACUCAUCUUCACAACCCAUCGUGCCUUUCCGCCCCUCCUCACCUUGUCCUUGCCACCCCUCCUCUCCGUCCCCCCCACAGAUCGCCCUACACACCCUCCAUUCGCUGCCUCCCCCCUCUCCUCCCCCCCGCCACCACCUCCGCGGGAGAGUGA